AUGUACCUCUUUAGCGCACUUGUUGGCUGGUUUGCUUUAUUUGUUGGUAGCUCAUUCGGUAUUACUGACCUGCGCCUUCGGCAACAAUGCAUUGAGAAGUGUUUGGUAAACCACAAGGCAAAAUUCAUGAGGCCAAUGCAUAGGCUUAUGUGCAAAAUAAGCUGCAACCGGAGGCAUGGACAAGCAUUUGACACAGCGGAACAUGCCUUACAUCCCGCUUUUAACGGCCUAGAUGGCCUCAUGAGAGGGUGA